GGGUCAUAUAGGAAAGAGCAAUCGUACAUAAACCCUGAUCCUCUCUUUCUUUAGUUUCCUCUACAAACAAAAAAAGAAACAAAACAAUCUAAUCCUCUCUUCUUCUUUAAUUAGCGAUGAGAAUCUUAAAGACUCAAAGAUCCAGGGGAGGACAAAAAAGAAGAAGAAGCAAGAAACUCGUAAAGAAAAGAACGAAUGUUUCAUCACGUAGCGGAGAAAUGUUCACGAAGAAGCUUCAGGCGCUGAAGAGUCUUCUUCCUCCUCCAUCAAAGACGACGGAGAAGAUUUGUCAAGAUGCUGACGUAGAGAAAGAUUCCGGCAGUGUAGAGACGGAACAGCUCUUUCAAGAAACUGCGGAUUACAUUGUCAGGCUUAGGACACAAGUCGUGGUGUUGCAAAAGCUAAUUGAAAUCUAUGGAUCAUCUGAUCAGACCGAAGAUAAUUUUGUUUUAUAAUGUUCAUAUUUUCAAUUAUGAUUUUUUUUUUUUCCAUUUUUCUAUGAUCCAGUUUUUUUCUUCUUCUUGAUAAUACGUAUUUUGAACCUAUAUGGUUUUAGGUAGUCGAUGAUGUAUAAUGUUUGAUAUUUGACGAAAGGAGAAAUGAAAUCGGUCACCAUAAUGCAUGUA